AUGGCUAUCAGCAGCGUUGCAGAAAUCCAAGCCGAUACCUCUCAUGAGCCUUGGAGAGCUGAGCUCGAAGAGCAAAUCGAAGUCGAUGAGAGCUGGGGAGAUCAACAAAACACCGAGGCAUCUGCAAUCAUUCUGAAGAUGUUUUUAUCAUUCCCUGAAAAGGGGUUCGUAGCAGCGUUAGAGGCUGCUCUUCAGAUUGGCGCCGAUUACUGGGCGAAGUUUCUCCCUUCCAGCCAGGAUCCUCUCAACAGGCCUUACAGGUUGGAAGACAAGGGAAUACCGCAGUAUCUGGCAAGGCUAUAUGACUUGAUUCUUACUCAGUCUUGGUUGUUGCCUUACCACGACUCUCGCCAGGACUUGUUGGUCAGGCUUUUGAUCGAGCUCAAGAAUCUGCCUAAAGUCUCAUACAAGAGCGAGGGGAGAGAACACCAUGCAUACCACGACGAUCCUGUUUUCGGUAUGAUGUGUGAGGACAACUGGAAUGCUAAGUUCGCCGAUGGCCCUGAGCCCGAGGAUCCAAAGUUGAAAGAAGACUUCAUCUUAACUUGCGAUGAAUGGGUCAACUUUUCUUCCUUCCAAGCCCGCUAUCACGGGGCCGAGAUCUACGAGCCAUGGCCGUCCCAUUUGAAGUACCCCAGCAUCGACGUGUCCAUGGCUCUGGAGAAAGAUCUUCCUGGCGGAAAGCUGGGAGAGUGCCGACUUUUGGUGGCAUCUGAGUGGAUUAUUCACGCUGGGAAGGUCAUCUAUGAGGAUAUGAGGAAAACGAAUGAGCCUAAGUGGGGGCUCGAGAAGUGGAAUCGCUGGGGAUCGAGGUUCAAGGAAAUCCUCGACCAAGGACAUCAAAGUGACGAAGUGAACAGAAACCUGAGUGCAGCCUUAGAUCAAAUGGUGUCCCUCGGUUUGACAGGUCUGAAGAUGGAUUAG